AUGUCUGGAAAAGGAUAUACCUACACUGGUAGUGGCACCAACAGCCAGGGAAAUCAUUACUGCAGCCGUCAGGGAAACGAUGGAGGCAGCGGAUAUCACUACUCGAACACUAAUGGUAGCUACUACUACGCGAACACCAACGGGUCUACCUACUAUAACAGUGGUAAAGGCAGCUCCACCUAUACCUCUCCUAGUGGAUACACGGUUUCCAAGUCUUCCGGAAAUAUAGCAGUUUUGUUCUCGAGCUACGGGACAGACAUUGAGACAAUUGUGAAAGCAUAG